AAGCUGCCGCCAUGCGGCCUGGGAGAGCGGGCCGCGAUAAGAGUACCAGGAACUCGACGAUGCCCGACUAUUUAAGCCCUUGAGCUCAACACCCAGGGCAUGCGGUGAGCGAGCACAAUGUCGCACGGAGACAAGUACCCUGGCUCACCAGAGAAAACGAGAGAGAACUAUCUACCCAAGCUUUCUACUAAGCCAUGGGUCAGGACAGCGCCCACUCCGCGUCUCAUCUUGAAGAAUGCGAAGGUCGUGGACCCAGCAACGUCGUCCCUACUGCCUGGCUUGCACACAGUAAUCACUAAGGACGGCUACAUCUCUGCCGUCGUCCCAGACGGCCAUGAGCUCAGUCAAGAAGAUAAGAGAGUCCCUCCUAUCGAAGUCGACCUCGCAGGGAAGUACAUAUGUCCUGGGUUGGUCGACUGUCAUGUGCACAUAACCGCGGUCCCUGGGUCGAAAUCGUUAGCGGAUAUGGCCAGAGAGCGGCAAGAGACUGUCUGGUUCCGAUCUACGUACGCGCUGCGAGAGAUGCUCCUACGAGGGUUUACGACUGUGAGAGAUACAGGUGGUGCCACGAAGGCUCUAGCAGACGCUGUCUCCGAAGGUCUCCUCGUCGGGCCCAGGGUCAUUCAAUGCGGACGAGGCCUCUCACAGACAGGCGGUCACGGUGACAUCGGCAGUACAUGCUGUGGAGGCGGACACGGACACAUGAUCGGCCGCGUCUGCGACGGCGUGCCCGACGUCCUGAAGGCUGUACGCGAAGAACUGAAGGGCGGCGCCGACUUCAUCAAGGUUCAUUGCGGCGGGGGCGUUGCUUCUCCGACGGACGCUAUCGAGACGGUGCAGUUCACAGCUGAAGAACUGCAAGCGAUCACCACGACCUGCAAGCAAAUGGGAAACAAAUUGACGACAGCCCACGCAUACACCGACGCGGCGGUCCUCCACGCCAUUCGCAACGGCGUCACCGCAAUUGAGCACGGCAACCUUAUCAGCGAGAGCACCGCGCGAAUGAUGGCCGAAAAGGGCAUCUUCCUAACACCGACGCUCUCCUGCUACGGCAUCAUGGUCCGCCCGCCGUUCGAGGACUACCUCCCGCCAGAGGGCAAAGCGAAGAACGAGCAGGUCAUGGCAAAAGGCUUGGAUGCGUUGAAGGUCGCCGAUGAGGCGGGCGUUGUGAUCUGCUAUGGCUCCGACCUUCUCAAUAACCUCCAGGCAUUGCAAACUGAAGAGUUCACUGUGCGCGCUGCCGCGCUGCCAGCCGCAAAAGUACUGCAGCACGCCACAACGAACGCUGCAAAACUACUACAAGACCCCAAGCUAGGAACCGUGUCCCCCGGUAGCUACGCCGACAUCCUCGUCCUCGACGCAAACCCUCUUGAGGACGUCCGCAUCCUCGAUUAUCCGGAGGACCAUUUGCUCGCUGUCAUCAAGGGCGGUAUCGUCUUCAAUAGUAGGGUCAAGGGGCUGCCCGUCCAAGAAGUGUUGUUCUAGCCAAAGGAACUCGCAGAGUACGUCAUCAAGUCGUGGUAGGUCGAGAUUGGACGUUGAACCUCAUCAAUUAUUUGAUGAUGUACUUGUCGCAUCUUCUACUCAACGAAUUGUCAAAGUAUGCAGGGAAUGCUCUCGACGUGUCACCUGGCACGAUGUUGGGACGUGUGUUCCGUAUGCAACGCCUUCCAAACUUUUUUGACCGGCGUUGAACGCAUGGAUGGAUCUUCGACCGUGACGUGGAUUCG